UCGCAGUUGGAGGAAGUGGGGAUUUUACAAUUAGGUAGGGCUUGUUUCUGAGAAUACACAACACAGCCAGCGAAAUGGAGUAAAGUCAACUGUUCUUAUUCGGACUCAAAAGGGAUAACAAGAGGAAAUCGGUGCCUCUUGGAGGACCGUAAACAAACAGGAUAUCAAACGUUCUCCCGCGUCGUCAGUCUGUCGAAUGCACAGAUCUCAGCUGCGGCUUGUGCUGAUUGAGGAGCAGAAACGUUUGAUGGUUACAACUUUACGGAGGAAGUCACUGACGGGCAGCAAAUAUUACCAAGUUAUAUGUACUUAGGUUCUUCGUUUAUAUUUCAUUGCCUGUUCGUCAGCUAGUUGGCAAGCUGUUGAUCGCAAAAAAAAAUUCAACUUGUAGUUGAAGACUCGGUCGCGAGGGACCGUGGACGGUUACCAAACUAAGAUUAUCUUAACUAGCCCAUUUCCUCCAACACCCCCUCCCCCAUGAUAGCUAGCUAGCUAGCCACUGUUUCCAUAUCAGAGCCCACACACUGGGGCGAAAUAAAUUACUAUGGCUACUUUUGUGCGGUUUCGUUGGUCUCUUGUGAAAUAACAUGGAUUUGGCUGAAGAUCAGGAUUCGUUACCUAACUGAGAUGGCGAGCUAGCUAGCGAACUGGAUGAGUGGGUUUUGUGUCGUUGCGAUAAAGCGGUUGUGUUAGCUAGCGCUAGUUUGUUACCUAUGCUUAACUAGCUCAAAUUCAGCUGUCUGACGUUACUGGCUACCAAGUAGCACCGGUUUCCACAGCAGCUAGUAAUAACACUUCUCCCUUGUCAACCACGUACAUUGAGAAUCUAGCUGGCAGAUUUCGUGGCUUAAUUUACAGUUGAAAUGUGGCAUCUAACGUAAAGUUAGUGCCAACAACUGAAUGCUUGUUAUCUUGAUAGUUGUCGCCAACGUUAGUUAGCUAAAGUAGAUUUUAGUCGGGUACAGUUUUUGCGUGCUGGAUAUUCAGCUGGCAACCUACAUCUGUGGUUUGAUUGACGUCCUCUUUCUGAUAUCACUGUGUAGGAUCCUAUACCAAUAAGACAAUUGUUUUGAUUUUUCAUGUUGGUGAAUAUGUUUGAACCUGAACCUCACUACUGUAUUCGCUAGUAAUCUGGACCAUUCAUUCGUCAGUACUUUUUGUGUGUGAUACAGGCGAGCUGGCUUGCUCUUGUUAUUUUAGCUUUCUACCCCUGUCAUCGUUAUUACACGAGGAUGUCUUUAUCGAAUACGAAUUCGAUAGAAGUGAUACAACCCAUCUUUGUCGACGCAUAAAGUCAUGUUUUAUUUUGAAGCAGAUGCGACGAGACACAAUUAGGAAGCUUGAAGCAUACGUCAUGCUGGAGUACCACGUACCGCAAUAUUACAAUUUUAGCUUUUCAAGAAGAUAAAACAAACUAUGUGGCUAGGAUCAGUGGGGAUUCACAGUUAUUAGCUAGCUGCCUUGCUAGUUCGCCACAUCUAGCAGGUGGGCCAUCUAAAAUAAGUGAAGCUCUCUGAAAUCUCAAUCUCUCAUCAAUCUUGUCUGGCCAUUGAAACCACUACCAUUUUUGGCACACAAAAAAAUACCCAGAUGAUAAAUACUUUUUUUUUUGUGUAACAAUGGUUGUGUUUUGAGCGACCGUGUGUGCCGAACCUAGAGGAAGAAAACGACACGCUUCAUUCGAUGGUCACCCCUGUCAUCCGCAUAGCUGCCUCGGUCGCCCAGGUUGGAACUACGUUUUAAAGAUUUUCAGUGGACAUUUGCUUUAUCUUUCAAAAAAAAAAAUCCUUCCCACGGCUGGUGUUGUAUCGACUCGAUCGAACCAGGGUUGAAGAUGGCGGACCUCGAAGCAGUUCUCGCCGAUGUCAGCUAUUUGAUGGCGAUGGAGAAGAGCAAAUCUACUCCAGCGGCCCGAGCGAGCAAGAAAAUCAUACUGCCUGAAUCCAGUAUUCGCAGUGUGAUGCAGAAGUACCUGGAGGAAAGAGAUGAGCUGACCUUCGACAAAAUCUUCAACCAAAAGAUCGGGUUUCUGCUGUUCAAGGAUUUUUGUCUGAAUGAAAUAGAUGAGGCUGUACCACAGCUCAAGUUCUACGAAGAAAUUAAGGACUACGAGAAGUUGGAUUCUGAAGAGGAGCGAUUGUGUCGUAGCAGACAGAUCUAUGAUGGAUACAUCAUGAAGGAACUCCUCUCCUGUUCACAUGCCUUCUCUAAGAAAGCAGUAGACCACGUUCAGACUCACCUGGCCAAGAAACAGGUGCCUCCCUCUCUCUUCCAGCCGUACAUAGUGGAGAUCUGUGACAGUCUGCGAGGGAUGAUCUUCCGCAAGUUCAUAGAGAGUGACAAGUUCACUCGUUUCUGCCAGUGGAAGAAUGUGGAGCUGAACAUCCAUUUGACGAUGAAUGACUUCAGUGUCCAUCGUAUCAUUGGUCGAGGGGGUUUCGGGGAGGUGUACGGCUGCAGGAAGGCUGACACCGGCAAGAUGUAUGCCAUGAAGUGUUUGGAUAAGAAGAGGAUCAAGAUGAAGCAGGGAGAGACUCUGGCUCUGAACGAGAGAAUCAUGUUGUCCCUUGUCAGCACAGGGGACUGUCCGUUCAUAGUGUGUAUGACAUACGCCUUCCACACACCAGACAAACUCUGUUUCAUUCUGGACCUGAUGAACGGAGGGGACCUACACUACCACCUGUCCCAGCAUGGUGUGUUCAGUGAGAAGGAGAUGCGUUUCUACGCAGCAGAGAUAAUCCUGGGACUAGAACACAUGCACAACCGCUUCGUCGUCUACAGAGACCUCAAGCCUGCUAACAUCCUAUUGGAUGAGCAUGGUCAUGUGCGUAUCUCAGACCUGGGUCUGGCCUGUGACUUCUCCAAGAAGAAACCUCACGCCAGCGUUGGUACCCAUGGAUACAUGGCGCCAGAGGUGCUUCAGAAGGGGACAGCGUACGACAGCAGUGCUGACUGGUUCUCCCUGGGCUGCAUGCUCUUCAAACUGCUCAGAGGGCACAGUCCCUUCAGACAGCACAAGACCAAAGACAAACAUGAGAUUGACCGGAUGACGCUCACUAUGAAUGUGGAGUUGCCAGACUCGUUCUCUGUGGAGCUGAAGGGUCUAUUGGAGGGUCUGCUGCAGAGAGACGUGGUGAAAAGACUGGGCUGCCUGGGACGAGGGGCCCCAGAGGUGAAGGAGCAUCUGUUCUUCAAAGGCAUUGACUGGCAGCAAGUGUAUCUCCAGAAGUAUUCUCCCCCUCUCAUCCCUCCUAGAGGAGAGGUAAAUGCAGCAGAUGCUUUUGACAUUGGUUCCUUUGAUGAGGAGGACACCAAGGGCAUCAAGUUGUUGGACAGUGACCAGGAGUUGUAUAAGAACUUCCCGCUGGUCAUCUCAGAGCGCUGGCAGCAGGAGGUGGCUGAGACGGUGUACGAGGCGGUCAACUCCGACACGGACAAGAACGAGGCCCGCAAGAGGGCCAAGAACAAACAGCUGGGCCACGAGGAGGACUAUGCCCUGGGGAAGGACUGUAUAAUGCACGGCUACAUGUUGAAGCUGGGGAACCCGUUCCUGACGCAGUGGCAGCGCCGAUACUUCUACCUGUUCCCCAACCGAGUGGAGUGGAGGGGAGAGGGGGAGUCACGGCAAAACCUGCUGACGAUGGAGCAGAUUGUGACGGUGGAGGAGACACAGAUUAAAGAUAAGAAGUGCAUCUUGCUGCGCAUCAAAGGAGGGAAGCAGUUUGUCUUGCAGUGUGAGAGUGACCCAGAGUUUGUCCAGUGGAAGAAGGAGCUGACCGAGGCGUUCACUGAGGCCCAGAAGCUGCUGCGUCGCGCCCCUAAGGUCAUUGGGAAGGGACGGGCUGGGGUGGAGCUCUCCAAACCUCCCCUCACACACCACAACAGCAAUGGCCUUUAGGCUACACACCUGCGCACACACACACACACACACACCGCAUCUUACAACCUCAUCCUCUAUGACCCCGCCCCCCCAGCCCUAGACACACACAAACAUACAGUAACACCCCACACUCUCGCCCUGGAGUGUGUAUGGACCAAGCCGGCAGCCUCUCUCCUCUGAAAGCCAAAGCGUACCAUGGGACCCUGGGAUGAAGGGAAAGAGAUGUGCAUGUACCUAAAGAGGUCCAGAGUGUUUUCUCUCCUCCAUCUCCCACUGUAGCCUCGGGGUAGUCACUUCUCAAUGAUGACACACUCCUCUCACCCCAAUGCACUGGCAUUCCACCCAGUCAACCUGGCAGAGCAGCAGAAAGCAGCCCUGGAGUAGGAGACUGAAGACUAGGGCUCCCUCUUCUCCUUGUCUCCCUCAUUCCCCAGGCUCGUCUUGAGACUGGACCUGAGCCACACACACCUGCCAGCCACUCUCCACAGGAUUGUCUGACUCUAGUGGAGGGGCAGGACCUAAAGCAGGAGGUGAGAUCUGGACCAAUGGCAUCGCUUGGAGAGAGGGGGCUGGACCAAUGACAUUCCUCUCCUGUGGGCUCAUACGGAGGGGAGGAGAGAAAAGCAGAAGGAGCAAAGACCUGCUGGGACAUACCAAGAGAAUGGCAAUGACCUGUGUGUGUUGCUGUGUGUGUGUACAUUAUUGUCCCUGUGUGUACGCUAUUUUCCCUGUGUGUUGCUGUGUGUGUGUUGCUGUGUGUGUACAUUAUUGUCCCUGUGUGUUGCUGUGUGUGUAUGUUAUUUUCCCUGUGUGUUGCUGUGUGUGUGUACGCUAUUGUCCCUGUGUGUUGCUGUGUGUGUACGCUAUUGUCCCUGUGUGUUGCUGUGUGUGUAUUGCAUUGUUGCUGUGUGUGUGUAUGCUAUUGUUGCUGUGUGUGUAUGCUAUUGUUGCUGUGUGUGUAUGCUAUUGUUGCUGUGUGUGUAUGCUAUUGUUGCUGUGUGUGUAUGCUAUUGUUGCUGUGUGUGUAUGCUAUUGUUGCUGAGUGUGUAUGCUAUUGUUGCUGUGUGUGUAUGCUAUUGUUGCUGUGUGUGUAUGCUAUUGUUGCUGUGUGUGUAUGCUGUUGUUGCUGAGUGUGUAUGCUAUUGUCGCUGAGUGUGUAUGCUAUUGUGGCUGAGUGUGUAUGCUAUUGUGGCUGAGUGUGUAUGCUAUUGUGGCUGAGUGUGUAUGCUAUUGUGGCUGUGUGUGUAUGCUAUUGUGGCUGAGUGUGUAUGCUAUUGUGGCUGAGUGUGUAUGCUAUUGUGGCUGAGUGUGUAUGCUAUUGUGGCUGAGUGUGUAUGCUAUUGUGGCUGAGUGUGUAUGCUAUUGUGGCUGAGUGUGUAUGCUAUUGUGGCUGAGUGUGUAUGCUAUUGUGGCUGAGUGUGUAUGCUAUUGUCGCUGAGUGUGUAUGCUAUUGUCGCUGAGUGUGUAUGCUAUUGUCGCUGAGUGUGUAUGCUAUUGUCGCUGAGUGUGUAUGCUAUUGUCGCUGAGUGUGUAUGCUAUUGUCGCUGAGUGUGUGUAUGCUAUUGUCGCUGAGUGUGUGUAUGCUAUUGUCGCUGAGUGUGUGUAUGCUAUUGUCGCUGAGUGUGUGUAUGCUAUUGUCGCUGAGUGUGUGUAUGCUAUUGUCGCUGAGUGUGUGUAUGCUAUUGUCGCUGAGUGUGUGUAUGCUAUUGUCGCUGAGUGUGUGUAUGCUAUUGUCGCUGAGUGUGUGUAUGCUAUUGUCGCUGAGUGUGUGUAUGCUAUUGUCGCUGAGUGUGUGUAUGCUAUUGUCGCUGAGUGUGUGUAUGCUAUUGUCGCUGAGUGUGUGUAUGCUAUUGUCGGUGUGUGUGUGUGUAUGCUAUUGUCGGUGUGUGUGUGUGUAUGGUAUUGUCCCUGUGUGUGUGUGUGUGUGUGUGUGUGUGUGUGUUUGCUAUUGUCUCCGUGUGUGUGUAUGCUAUUGUCUCCGUGUGUGUGUAUGCUAUUGUCUCCGUGUGUGUGUAUGCUAUUGUCCAUGUGUGUGUGUGUGUGUGUUAUUGUCCCUGUGUGUGUGUAUGCUAUUGUCCGUGUGUGUGUGUGUUAUUGUCCCUGUGUGUGUAUGCUAUUGUUGCUGUCCAGUGUCCAGAGAUGGGGCCAUAGAGGUGGAAGCAGGUUGUUAUUCCUUCAACAGAGAAUGAAAAAGGAGAGGAAGAAAGCUGCUUUGAAUUUGGAAGAGACUUUUACCCUUUGUUCAUGUCCUCCCUCCCUCCAUGUCCCUCCCUCCAUCAUUGAAGUGCAUAAUGUGCCAACGUCAAUAUUUACUUGAGUCACCUGAGCACCCAGGAGGACCCGUUUGAAAGCAGGCAUCGCCCUCAGAUACAGAUCUCACUGGCACGGAACUCUUGUGACCAUGGACAAACUUCCCCGAUUGGCUCCUGUACAGCUGCUGGUAACCAUGGAGACCGGGGAACGCUUGUACUUAUGACUAUAGGAACAGGGGAUGGUGUGUAUGAAGGACACACUGUCAAUCUGACAGACAUAGAUGGAGGAGGGAUCUACUGACUGACUAGCGAUCUUUAUGGGCCACAGUAUGUGUAUAUAGCCCAAGUCCUUCUCUGUAUCUCCUGUAUAAAACAGUACUACUCUACAAUACAUGUCUGUCUGUCCUCUUCUCUAUGGGCAUGUGGGGAGGGACGGGUCUGACAGCUUUCAAUCAACUGGCAGUGUGCAUACCUCAGUGGGUGUGUGCGAGCGCGCACGUGCAUGCAUCUGUGAACCUCUGAGGGCCAAAUACUGUGCUGUGUGAUUGUAUCAGGGCAGUCCUCAUUUGUGUGUGUGCCAUAGUCUUGCAGCCAUCCAGAUGCAGAUUUACACACACAUGCAGAUUUACACACACACAUGCAGAUUUACACACACAUGCAGAUUUACACACACACAUGCAGAUUUACACACACAUGCAGAUUUACACACACACAUGCAGAUUUACACACACACAUGCAGAUUUACACACACACAUGCAGAUUUACACACACACAUGCAGAUUUACACACACAUGCAGAUUUACACACACACAUGCAGAUUUACACACACAUGCAGAUUUACACACACACAUGCAGAUUUACACACACAUGCAGAUUUACACACACACAUGCAGAUUUACACACACAUGCAGAUUUACACACACACAUGCAGAUUUACACACACAUGCAGAUUUACAGACAGACACACAGGAAUGGCUGUAUAGGGGCGUCAGUGCAGAGAGAGAGGUGUUCGGUUGUUGACUCCACAAACCAUCAGUUAGUUCACUUCAGGCUGGUUUGAACUUUCCUAUAAAUGAUUUCUGAUUGUGACCCAGAAUGCAGCUUUAUGUUUCACAGUUUUAGGAGAACCAGCUGUGCUGCAGGCUGGAGUCAUGAUAUGUUUAACUGAAUGACAUGAACGCACAGCUGGGAGAUGUUUUAGAAAAGAGAGAGGAAGAGGUGAAACAAUUUGUUCACUCAAUUGUAAUUUCAGGGUUUUUGUUUUUUCAUGCAGUACAAUGUUCCUUGUCUGUUAUAACCAUGCAUUUCCUCAGCUGUGACCUGCAUGUGGGGCUGGGGGGGAUAUUCUUAGUAGCCUUUACAAGUCAGAGGGAAGUGAUGUUGUUUUAGAGAUACCUGUCACCUUUCAUGGUGUCUUUUAAUUGUUUUUAAACCAAAUGAAUGGGUUUAGUUUUUGUUGAAAUGACUUUGUAGCACCUUUUUAAGCCAAUGUGUUACUUACUUGAUGUUCAAUGUGCCAAAUACCUGUUGCUGUUUGGCUGACUGUUCUGGACCAAUGAAUUCUCCUCUCUCAACUUUGACCCCUCACAGCACCAGCCUUUGGCCACACACACACACACACACACACACACACACACACACACACACACACACACACACACACACACACACACACACACUCAACCCUUGAAUCUGACGAAUGUGUGUCUUUUAAAGGGUACAAAACAAACAACUGGUGCUGUGGAGCAGAGUGUGAGGAGAGGUGUUUCUAUGUCCUAGCAUGGAGUGAGUCUUUCUUUUGGCACCUUUACCUGUCACACACAGGGCUUGGUUCUAAUGGGUUCAAUGGGUGGGUGUGUGUGCUGCAUUCAAUCGCUGGUCAGUAUGUUUAUUUAGUGGAGAUGUUUUUGUCAAACACACGCGCUCGAUAUUGAAAGAGGAAGGCAUAUAGUAAGAUAAAAACUAACAAAUUCAAGUAUAUAUAUGAAUAUAUGUGUAUAUGAAAUGACAAAUGCUCUAGGAUUAUUUAAAAAGAUGUAACGAUGUAGAUUUCUGUUCAGAUGACGAUGGGCAGGGGAAGGGUUGGGAUCGUGAUGUAUAUUCAUCUGUUUGUGGUGAAGACAUUGGCUCGGAUCUUGCACAUAGACUUCUAUUGAACCUGCGAGUUACCAGAUGGUUAUUUUUGUUUGAAUAGCAGACUCUUGCUCUUUCAUAUUUAUUGUGUUUUGGGGAAAUGGCGCCUCCUGUCUACGAGCUCACACCAGACGUCUCGCUGUAGAAAACUGCUCCACACACAUCACUCUUUUACAUGUACCACAAAUACUACUGGCUUUGGGUUACUCUUACGAUUGAGAUUAUGACAACAAUGAUCAUUGUUGAUAAUAUUAUUCAAUAAUUGUUAUAAAAAUUAUUUUGUUUUAAUGAAUUUUGUUUUGUUUCCAAGACAGGUAGAGCAAAUGUGUUGGACUGCUUAUAUAAAACAGUUCAGAAAUAAAUAAAAACAUUUUUUUUCGUGUU